GGAGACUGACACAAGAAAAGACAGUAGAAGAGUUAAACGGGAGAGAGUUACUUGUGCACUUUUAAAACAAAAUGGAUAGCUCCUGAUCCACACAGAAAGUGGCCCUCAGAGCUGCUUCUGAUUUCUUACUGCACCUCCCCCUCAAACACAGGCGGGACUCUCAAGCAAAGAAUGACAGCAGCAUUUUAGAAGUGUGGUACGAUGAAGCUCAGCAAAACUGGACACUGAACUUCAGGGUCCUAAGUGUAAUACAAAACAAAGAGCAGUCCGAAGCACCAGCUGUCACCAGCAAUCAGUCCCUGUGAACCUAUCCCAGCUGUUCUGGGAGGAAGUGGGAGCCACCCCUAACUCCAGUCCAGCCUGCCUGCAACAAGGAGAAUUUGGUGGAAGACAACAAGGUCUGAGUGGGUGGGAGAUUUGUACCCAGCCAAAGAAUGCAAUUCCUGCCUUGUACAAUGGUUUGUCAGCUAUGUGCACUGCUGCUGCUGAUUUGCAGCUGGUAAAGCUCUAGUCAGUAUAAAUAACAUGUGUUAGACACAGCUCUGUAAAGCAGAAAGUAACAAGAGCAUAUGUUACGACUGUCAAGGAACUUUAUUUUCACCAUGUAUCAGCCUUGGCAGCCAGCAGGAGGAAGGGGGUUGUGUGUUCUGUCUAUUUUGUCAGUGCAGCUGUUCGUUGUUGCCUUAUUUUUUGAUAUACCUAGUUGCAAACUGUGAAAAAGGGAGAAAGAAGUCAGUGUGAAUUACUGUGUUUCAAUAUCUAUAUGCUGCAACUGUGCCUAGUUUAAAGAGAACGAUCGUGCAGAGAAAGAAUACCUGAGGAGGCACCAAAAAGGGACAUAAAGUUUUGCAAGUUUUUUACUGUUUUGGUCUGUGAUGUGAACUCCACAAACAAGCUACCGAUAUUUAAAAUAAACUUUUUGCUGUAAAGCUUUAGUGAAGAGCUGGGGGUCAUCCCAAGACAAGUGCAUGCAAAGGGUGACACUUACUGCAGCGCUAACAUUGGACAAGAGGAUCUUCGUAGAUUGUUGGCUGUUCGGUAACUUCCGUCUGUUCUGCUACAGCAUGAGUGGUGGAAGAAAGAAGAGUGGAUUUCAGAUAACCAGUGUGACCUCAGAUUAUGACCGAGGAGGAAAUGAAAGAAGGCAAGAGACUUUUAAUAAAGAUGCCAAAGGGCUUGACGGACAGGAGAGCUCACAUCUGACAGAUGGGGACCAGAACUUUAAAAUGUUGUCCUUUACCAAUUCUCCCCCUAAUCUGAAUGUUUUCCUUCCUGCUGCAAGAAGAGGGUCAGCACCUGAAGCUUGUAGGUCAAGAAUAUUGGCAGCCACAGAGACUGGUGUGGGAUCUGGCAGGGAAAUUGUUAGUGUUACGAGCUGUGGAGUACUUGCUACUGAUAAUGCUGCUCUUUUGGUAGCAGGAAGCACAAAUCCUUUGGUAGGUAGUAGUGUCACAUCCUGUCCUAGUUCAUGCACAGCACUCUUAUCCACUUCUAGUGCCAAUACUUCAGAACCAGUAAGGCCUUCUGUACUGUCACCCACUGGGUCCCUGAGCCCCAGGGUCAGCCCUGGAGUUCGGAGUGUGACACUGACACCAUCACGUGACCAUGAUUCGCUAGUCACAGGGACUGCAUCAGCUUCCAGGAGCAAAGCAAAUGAAGCUUUACUAAAAAAUGUGCCUGCCUCUGCUCUGAGAGCAUCACCUGUGACUACCCCAGUCUCUGGGUCAUCCAGAUUCCGAGUCGUAAAGCUUACUCCUGGUUUGGGAGAACCUUAUAAAAAAGGAAGAUGGACAUGUGUGGACUUUUAUGAUAAAGACUCGGAGAACACCACCAUCAGUAAAAUUCUGGAUAGCACCCGACAUCCGCACUCCCUGGACUCAAGCAGACUAGUUAGAAAUCAGGACCAGAACCUAAGCCAUUCUCAAACUGGCUUGAAUGUUGCAAAUGCUCUUGGGCAAAAUGCUAGGUCUUUUUGCGGGGUAUCCCAUCUUAUAACAGAUCUAACUUCAGGCACUCAUAGGGCACAAAGCUCAUGUGACAGUGGGGUGUCUUCAAGAACAGGAAGCCCUCAGCCUAGUGGGCAGCCUUCCCAACUGAUAGGGUUGCAGAGUAUUGACUCUACAGGAGCAGGCAGCAGUGGUGUAUGUAGCCAAUUGAUUGUUACAAACUGUGAAACCUGUAACCUAUCUAUGGGAGAAAGUGACUCUUUGGGCUCUGCAGGAAUGAGCGAAUCCCGACAGCAUCUGCAUCCUGACCAGCAGAGGUUACACGUUAGCCGAUGUAGCUCCCCAGCCUUUCUGCCUAUGGGAGUUAAUAUGGUUCCUAUGGUUAUUGUGGAGGACAUGUCUUCGGGAUCCAAGCACGCAAAGUCCACGGACAUGCUGGUGAUGCAGUCCUUUGACAUGGUGGACAUGGGAAAGGAUUCAAGAUCUCGUUCACAGUCACCUUGUCCUCUUUCAGUCACUGAUGGUACUUCUCUAGCAGGACCUCAGGACAUGAUGUACAGGAAUACACCACGCCUGAGCCUUACCAAAAUGAUUCCAGAUACUGGAGCAAGUCAUGACAGCGAUGAUGACAGUGGUUCUAGCAGCAGUAUGAUAGCAAUUGAUAACAAGAUAGAACGGGCUAUGGACUUGGUCAAGAGUCACCUCAUGUAUGCUGUUCGAGAAGAAGUGGAGGUUUUGAAAGAACAGAUCAAGGAGCUGACAGAAAGGAAUGCCCUCCUGGAACAAGAAAACAACUUACUGCGAUCCCUGGCCAGCCCAGAGCAACUGUCACAGGUCACCGCGAAGGUGCGGAGUGGCGGACUGAGUGUCCCACCUCAGACUGGCACAACAUCUUCAUGAAUGACCAGCUGCAGACAACAGUAAUAACAUCUCCAGUGCAACUCACUGGCUUUGCAAAAGAAAGGGCUUAUGAAAACACUACUUCAGCUUAAUGAUCAUCCUAAAGGAGCGCAACAUUUUACACAUUCCAGCUGGCAUAACUUCUUUGUUCUGUGUUGUCACACUAACACAGGAAAACAUAACUAUGUGUUAAAUAAAAGUGAACUAAAAAAAAACCUAAUUCAUAGCUUCCUGUUAUGAUGUCAGUGACCUUAACAUUUGUCAUGGAUUCUAAGGGAUAAUACAGCCAGAUGUAUACAGCAUAGCUUAUCGGUACUUCAGGUCACUUGGCUGCCAUUUUCUAUCAGUGCCACAAACAGAACAUUUCUUCACAGUGCAACAUAAAGUCGUGUUGCCACUAUCCCUGUCUACAUGUGAAAUCUCCUUUUAUAUGAUGAAAACAUAAAUUGUAACAGUCUUUUGUGAUGUUUUAGGCCAUCAUCUAGAUUAUACAAAGUGAGGCCUAAUAUCUCUUACCUGUGUUAUGUACUUCACUGUCAUAUUUAUGAAAUGUGCCUCACCUCACUUUUGUACUUAGAAUCUGGGACAUGUUCUUAACCCUAGUUAGAUCUUCAUAGUUAAGAUUUCACAGAAAGAUGUAGGACAGUGUUCUUUUUGCUGCACACAGGAAGUAAAGCACGUUUUCCUGUACAGGGUAAGCCCUGGUUCUAAGAUUUCCAACUGUGAAAAAGUAAUAAAGGUAUGUAAAUAGAUCUGUAUGGCUAAGGACAUGACCUUAUGACUUUGUUAAAAAGUAGGGAUGGAUAAAAAGGGUUGAGAGAGAUAGAUACCUGCUAACAUGCAGAGAUUUUGAAAAGUAGAAGUCUUAUCUUAUGAUACUUGACAGAAGUCAAUGUAGAUGUUAUGAAAAAUGUCCCAGAAGAUGCAAGAAAUCAGAGGGUCAUGGAUAAAGGUUCUACAUGACAAAAUAAGACAUAUCUGCUCCAAUAAAGGACAGUUGAUAGGGCUGCAAUUUUUGGAGGGGAGAAUUUGCACUUUUUUAUAUUUGAAUGUCCAUGAGUGGAUGGUGGCAUAUUAUUCUUUAUCAACAGCAGAUUUUUCUGAUUUGGUACUGCCAUAAAGUAUAAGAGAAACUACUCAUUUGAAACUGUAUAUUGAGUUUAACUAAUUUGUGAAAACUUGACUGUAAAAUAUUAUUUGGAUUGAUUCCAAAUAUUAAGAAUGUUAUACAUUUCCCAGUGCAAUUAAGGUUUAUAUAAAUGAGGCAAUAAUGCUUGUUACAAAAUGUGUGAUGUGAAGGGUCAUUGUAUUAUUAUGCCUUAGAAAGCAGCAGCAUUCCAAGAAACUUUUUGCAAUUAUACCUUCGACUAAUAGAUAUGUAUUCUGAUUUGUUAAGUAGAAAAUCAUACUAGUGAGAUGUUGAUGUACUAAAUACCUUCCCACCUACCACAUAUACACCAUUUUCUCCAUUUUAAGUGCUUUGAGUCUGCCUCAGAGAUGAUCGAGUCAACACUGCAAAUACAGCUGUUCUACCUUGGAGAAUGGAAUGUGCCUUAUGGGUCAGCUGAUGCAUGGAUGUAGCUCUCUAAAUUGCAGUAAGAGGAAAGAAAAUUCACAGCCAAACACUAGCUAUUGUGUGAAUUAGCAACUUGUGCAUUGUUGCAAACAUGAAAGUCCUAAAGAAGAUAAUCUGAAAGAAUUGUCUUGACUGCAGCCCUGUAAUAGGCCUGUUGUCCACUCAGUCCCUUUCAGAACCUGCCCCUACAUUAUACAAGAAUGCAGAGAAGGUAAACCCCAAACAUGUCAGGUCACAGGACUAGGACAAGCGAUUGGCUCAAAAAAGGACAGCUGAAUGGGUAAAUAGGAGAUAAAAUAGAAUAAAAAAAAUGUAACUUUUAUUAUUGUUCCAUAAUGACAUUGAAGAACAGAGACAGAUCUUAGUCCAUUGCAGUUACAGAAUGUAGGCAGAGAGUUAGGCUGAAUUUUAUUUUUGUAGCACAGAAGCAGUUUUUUAGCACCUUCAUUAUAUGCUUAAAUGGGAGCACAGACACUAAUAAUAACAAAUAUUCUAAGCAGUGAAGUGUGAAAAUAUACCAAACAGUGUAUUAAGAAACAGAAAAGAAAUGCUAAGUUUACUAGGAACCUGUACGGCUUCUCAUAAUAUGUAGUUAAGUUCCUCAAAAUGCAUAAGUUAUUAUAUUACUUUAAUGAAUCAUGUUUUCUUUUGCACUGCUUGUACACAGCAAGUGUUAAAAAUGCAAAAUAUAAAAAGUAAUAAAAACCAUGCAUGGGAUGAAGUUAACAGUCACUGAACAUUUGCUAACAUCAGUUUUGUUAAGGUGUAUCUGUGUAAUGUAAUCAUAUCUGCAGAUGUACUGAUUGUCUCUAUAAUCCAUCUGUAUCAGCAGCCAUUUGAAAACAUGAAAGAUGGAGAAGUCAGAACCUAUAAUGAUUAAUUAAACCCUUCCUUCCUCCCCUGAAUUUCAUUUUGAAGUAAAAGUGUAAAAAUGCUGUAGGCUUCAUUGCCUUGUAUUAUGGGAUGGCUGUAGCCUGUCUUUGCCCCUUCCACUGACUAAAGUAUUUUAAUGUGUUAAUUAAAAAAAAAAAAAAACAGAAGGCAUUAUUAACAGUAACUGAAAUGUUGUUACACAAUUCAUUUUGUGCUCUUGGUGUGGUCACCUUUACAGACUACCCCCCAUCACCUACGGUUUAUGAAAUGCUACUAGUAGUGUUGAAUCAACACAUCCCUUACAAGUCUACUGGACAUAAUUUUAUUAAACUUCCUUUCAGUACUAAUGUUUCUGUUGGUUAAAGCGUGGAUGCAUGCUUAUUUGUUGUAGUUAUUUAAAGGGAUGUAUUAAUCUUAUGGAAAACUUCCCUGUGGCUUUAAGGUCAGGUGCAUCUCUGAUGUUAACAUUGUAAGGCAUAGCACAGAAGUGCAUAGAUGGGACAGUUGCACAGAAGUGCAUAGACGGGACAGUUGCACAGAAGUGCACAGAUGGGACAGUUGCACUAUGAUCUGGAAAGAAAUCUCAUUACCGGCACUUUGGCUAGUAUUACGCUCCCUUCACAUUUUAUUUUUGUUUUAAUUUUUGAAAAAAAAAGUACUACAGAUGGCUUUUUUCUGCCCCACAGUAGUGUGUUAUUAAAUUUAGUACCAUAAGAACUCUGAUUACAGCUUUAUAUUAAUUUAGUGACCCUUACACAGUUGUUUGCAGAUCAAGUUGCUUGCAGUGAUAAGCUAAACUAUCCUCAUUCAAAAUUAUUUAAGGCUGAACCAAUUCUAACUUUUUGGCAUCCAAAAAACUGCAACAAAAUGUAUGAAAGUUUCAUUGUGAGAGGGCAGUGCUCUCAUUAAACAACUAGCAUGUUAAUUUUAUUUAUUUAUUUAUUCUUUUUUAUUCAUUUCUUAUGCAGGUGAGUAGGUUAAUCCAAGCAAACUGGUUUCAACCUUGACCUGAGUUUAAGGUGAAUAAGAUUAUGAAACACCUUAGAGCUGCAAACAGAAAAUCAGAAUAUAGAGUUUUUUGAGAAACUAGUAAACAGAAUAUCAAGUUGUUUGCAUCAAGAGAUCCCAUCAGUAGCAAAGGAAAAAAGAGUUAUGUCUACUGUAUACACAGCUGAAAUCAUAAGUAGAACCAUUGCAGAUCAAAUCAGUAUUCAACAUGCAAAGGGAACAGCUU